AGACCACCGACCACCUCCAGGGCUGCAGAGAGGGUACACUGAAAUUGAGCCAACAGGUGUCAAGUGCCCUUACGGAGUAGGAGCUCCGAGACCAAGUCCCCUGAGCUCUGUCGCAUCUAUUGGAGACCCAGGUUCCCCGCCUAGCCACACAGUCUGGCCUUCCCGGAACCCACCCAUGCGCGUGUCGGGGGCAGCUUCACCAGCCCGAACGAACCAGCGCGGAGGGGCACGUCAGCCUGGGUUCCUGCCCUAACUCCGGCAGGUUCUGUUGCAAUGACUUGCAGUUAAGUCACUUCCCUCUGUCGCAGCUGUGAACCUGCUCAUCGGGGCCUGCUCACCUCCACCCUGAGGACCUGCUGUGGGCCUCCUGGCGUAGUUCUGAGCCUGAUAUCCCCUGGAGCUUCAUGUGUCCCUUAGCGAUUCCCCAGAGUGGAAGCGCCAGGGCCAGCUGACAAGGAGAAACAACUGUGGGGUGCCCCUCCCUUGAGACCACUGUGUCUGGUCCCCUCCGAGACCCGGGUCCCCAGGCCUGCCUCGCUAGGUCCCGUGUCUGUUGGGCAAUAGAACCCGGGCCCAGCUCCGGCAACCUAACCUGCCGGAGCAGGGAGGACAGGGGCAGGGGCGCCUCUUGGCCCAGAGCAGAGCUCAAGUGACCCAAGUGGGCGGAGCAGGGAGGACCGGGGCAGGGGUGCCUCCUGGGAGGAGGGACCGACCCGAGUGACCAGGGCAGCGUGAGCGGCCCCUUUGCUAGCCGGCUCCGCACCUGCGCCCCGCCCUCGACGUGUUUUGGGGGCGGGGCGAGGCGGGCCGAACCGGUCGAGCUGCGAAAGGAGGGGCGGUGGCCACUCGGGGCGGGCUCCGCCGGCAGGCCUCGGCGGGUGUCUGGCCCUUUAAGGGCCGCCCCCGAGGAGGUGCCAGGCCCUGGUGGCUCCGGACUUUCCUUCCUGGUCCUGUGGGGCAGGGACUGUCCGUGGGGCUGAGGGAGGGCGCGGCGCCCGGUGCCGGCCCAGGUGUCCCCGGCCUGGCCUCAUGGCCCUGGUCACAGUAAGCCGCUCGCCUCCGGCCAGCGGCCACUCCACGCCUGUGGGGCCCACGCAGGACCAGGCCUCCCAGCGCAGAAGCCGGCUCCAACGAAGGCAGAGCUUUGCAGUACUCCGUGGGGCUGUCCUGGGACUACAGGACGGAGGAGAUGGUGAGGACGCAGCCCAGGCCAGCCCUGAGCCAGUGGAGGAACCCCCGAGUGACGAGCAGCCCCGCGGGGACCAGACAGAUGACGGCCGUGGGCCCCCGAGUCCCGGGAAGCAGGAGCAGAGUCAGCACCUGCAUCUCAUGGUGGAGCUGCUGAGGCCGCAGGACGACAUCCGCCUGGCAGCCCAGCUGGAGGCCGCCCGGCCUCCCCGGCUCCGCUACCUCCUGGUAGUUUCCACAAGAGAACGUCUGAGCCAGGAUGAGACCAUCCUUCUGGGGGUGGACUUUCCUGACAGCAGCUCCCCCAGCUGCACCCUAGGCCUGGUCCUGCCGCUCUGGAGUGACACCCAGGUGUACCUGGAUGGAGAUGGGGGCUUCAGCGUGACAUCUGGUGGGCAGAGUCGAAUCUUCAAGCCAAUCUCCAUCCAGACCAUGUGGGCCACGCUCCAGGUGUUGCACCAGGCCUGUGAGGCGGCUCUAGGUAGUGGUCUUGUGCCAGGGGGCAGUGCCCUCACCUGGGCCAGCCACUACCAGGACAGACUGAGCUCUGACCAGGGCUGCCUCAACGAGUGGAUGGCCAUGGCCGACCUGGAGUCUCUGCGGCCUCCAAGCCUGGAGGCCGGCCGGCCCUCAGAACAGGAGCAGAUGGAGCAGGCGAUCCGGGCUGAGCUGUGGGAGGUGCUGGAGUCCAGUGACCUGGAGAGCAUCACUUCCAAAGAGAUCCGCCAGGCCCUGGAGCUGCGCCUGGGACGCCCUCUCCAGCAGUACCGCGACUUCAUCGACAACCAGAUGCUGCUGCUCAUGGCCCAGCAAGACCGGGCCACCCGCAUCUUCCCCCACCUCUACCUGGGCUCCGAGUGGAACGCGGCGAACCUGGAGGAGCUGCAGAGGAACAGGGUGAGCCACAUCCUGAACAUGGCCCGGGAGAUCGACAACUUCUACCCCGAGCGCUUCACCUACCACAACGUGCGCCUCUGGGAUGAAGAGUCGGCCCAGCUGCUGCCCCACUGGAAGGAGACGCACCGCUUCGUGGAGGCCGCGAGGGCGCAGGGCACCCGGGUGCUGGUGCACUGCAAGAUGGGCGUCAGCCGCUCGGCCGCCACGGUGGUGGCUUAUGCCAUGAAGCAGUACGGCUGGAGCCUGGAGCAGGCUCUGCGCCACGUGCAGGAGCUCCGGCCCAUCGCCCGCCCCAACCCCGGCUUCCUGCGCCAGCUGCAGACCUACCAGGGCAUCCUGACCGCCAGCCGGCAGAGCCAUGUCUGGGAGCAGAAAGCGGGCGGGGCCUCCCCGGAGGAGCCGCUGGCCCCCGAGAUCUCGACACCCCUCCCGCCUCUUCCGCCAGAACCAGAGGGCAGUGGGGAGGUGAAGGUUGUGGGGCCGGAAGAGAGCCAGGCAGCCCCAAAGGAAGAGCCGGGGCCGCGGCCCCGAAUCAACCUCCGUGGGGUUAUGAGGUCCAUCAGCCUCCUGGAGCCCCCCUCGGAGCUGGAAGGCACCUCAGGGGCCGGUGACCUCCCAGAGGUUUUCUCUUCAAAAGAGUCUUCGGAUGAAGACUCUCCACAGCCCUUCUCUCAGCUCUCAGGCGCCCCCGGAGGCAGACGGGUCCGCAAGGGGUCCUGGCCGGCCCUGCAGUCCCGCCAGUCCGUGGUCGCCCUCAACAGCGCUGCCCUCGUGGCCAGCCGGACCCAGGCCUUCCAGGAGCAGGGCGAGGCUGGCUGUGCCUCGGUGCGCAGGCACCAGAAGGUGGUGAGGCAGGCGAGUGUGGACGGCAGCGAGGAGGAGGAGGAGGAGGAGGAGGAGGGCGAGGCCCUCGCACACGCCCCAUAGACACAGACAGAGGUGCCCAAACACAGCUCCUGGGACGGGCACCCCUCCACGCCGUCAGCCUGUCCACACUCCUCUUAGCUCCUCCCAGGACGCCCCACGCUCCCGUCUCUGCAGCAUCGGCACCUACAGCCUUAAGUCUCAGACUCAUGUCCCCUGUCCAAGGGCUCACAUUUUCUCUACUUUUGGGGAUGUGGCAGAGAUUGAAGGUGCCUUUGGGGGCAACGACCAGCUUCCUGCCCACUGCGGCCUGAAGCACUUCCUCGCAGCCACGGAACACAGCACAGGGUUCCCUAGUGUGGACAGGCUCGGGCGCCCUCCCUCCCCCAGUCCUCUGCCUCAUCCCCCCAUUUCAUUCCUGGGGCCUCGAAGGCCAGAGAACCAGAGGCCCCCAAAGGCCAAGAGUAACCUCAGUCCUCAGUCCCCAGGCCCCUCUGAUGGGGCUGGCAGGUCGGCCCCCCCACACGCCCUCUAAGCAGCCUGAGUCUUCGACUGCUGCCCCCAGCACCCCCGCCGGCACUGCACUGGGCCACAGGGCACUACGCCAAAGAGAGUCUUCUUUUUGUGCUUCAUGGCCUCUGGCCAGUUUUUCAGUCUUAAUAGUAUCUGGCUUUGUACUUAGAAAUAAAAAACAUGUUCAUCUUAUUGUCAAUUUUAUGAUAAA